AUGGACUCGUCUCGAAAUGACGGCGUACCUCCUUCUCCGUCGUCGGAAUCAAGAAACAGCGAACUAGAGAAAGUGCUUUCCGACGUUGAAAAUCCUCUGUUUCCACGCCUACGUAAGGCGGCAAUGAUCGAGUCAAAGAUGCUUAUCAAACUCGCUGCUCCUGCCGUCAUCGUCUACAUGAUAAACUAUCUCAUGUCCAUGUCAACUCAAAUCUUCUCCGGCCAUCUUGGAAACCUCCAACUCGCCGCCGCUUCCCUCGGCAACACCGGAAUCCAAGUCUUCGCUUACGGUCUCUUGCUAGGAAUGGGGAGUGCGGUGGAGACGUUGUGUGGACAAGCCUUUGGAGGGAGAAGGUUCGAGAUGCUCGGCGUUUAUCUCCAGAGAUCCACCAUACUGCUCACUCUCACUGGCGUACUCCUCACGUUACUCUACGUCUUCUCCAAACCGAUCUUGCUCUUUCUUGGAGAAUCACCCGAAAUCGCUUCCGCAGCAUCUCUCUUCGUCUACGGCCUAAUCCCUCAAAUCUUCGCCUACGCGGUAAACUUCCCCAUCCAGAAGUUUCUCCAGUCGCAAAGCAUUGUGGCUCCGAGCGCUUACAUCUCAACAGUCACUCUCUUCUUCCACCUUCUCUUUAGCUGGCUCGCUGUUUACAAGCUCGGGAUGGGUUUACUCGGAGCGUCACUCGUGCUUAGUCUCUCGUGGUGGGUUAUGGUGGUGGCUCAGUUCGUUUACAUAGUGACGAGCAAGAGGUGUCGUGAGACGUGGAGAGGAUUCAGUGUGCAAGCGUUCUCGGGGCUACCGAGUUUCUUCAAACUCUCUGCCGCCUCCGCCGUGAUGCUCUGCCUUGAGACUUGGUAUUUUCAGAUCCUUGUUCUACUCGCCGGACUUCUCAAGAACCCGGAACUUGCUCUCGAUUCUCUCUCCAUUUGCAUGACGAUUUCAGGAUGGGUGUUCAUGAUAUCUGUUGGAUACAAUGCAGCAAUAAGUGUAAGAGUGAGCAAUGAACUUGGAGCUGGGAACCCUAAAUCAGCAGCUUUUUCUGUAAUUAUCGUCAACAUUUAUUCGUUCAUCACAAGUGUGAUCAUAGCCAUUGUAAUUUUGACAUGUCGUAACGUUUUGAGUUAUGCGUUCACUGAUGGUGAAAAAGUUGCGGCCGCUGUUUCCGACCUAUGCCCACUUCUUGCCAUAACACUUGUCUUGAAUGGGAUCCAACCAGUCCUUUCCGGUGUUGCGGUUGGAUGUGGUUGGCAAACAUUUGUGGCAAAAGUUAACGUCGGAUGUUACUACAUUAUAGGAAUUCCUCUUGGGGCUCUCUUUGGGUUUUAUUUCAAGUUCGAUGCCAAGGCAGGAUAG